UAUGGGAGAUUCCAGAGUCCCAAGAAUGGGUUAAAAUAAAAACUCACACAACUACGUUGGGCAUCUACUUGUUACCCUUCUUAUGGUCUACUUGUCCGCUGUGGUCUGCCGUAGGCAGUAUGGAAUCUUCCAGUAGUCCCAAGAUUGGGUUAAAAUAA